AUGUUUAGUAUACCAAAACUUAGCAAAGCAACACGGGCUAUGACCAUGGCGUGGUAUUGUUCUGGAUCCACCAACACCGAGUUGAUUGAGAACCUAUUCAAGGCUGGACUGAUUCAGAAUGAGCGUGUGAAAGAUGCCAUGAUUGGAGUGAGCAUAUUAUGCAUAUAUAUUUCCAUCUUUUCUAACAUGCAAAAGGUCGAUCGAGCACAUUAUGCUCCAUCACGACCAUAUUCAGACUCGCCUCAGCCCAUUGGAUAUGGAGCCACCAUAUCAGCACCGCACAUGCAUGGCCAUGCAUGUGAGUAUCUGAUUAAUUAUCUCAACCCAGGUGCUCGGGUGUUGGAUAUUGGAUCUGGUUCAGGAUACUUGACCCAUGUCCUUGCCAAUUUGGUGACCGACUCCAACACCCAGGGACAGGUGAUUGGUAUUGACCAUAUCUCCGAGCUGACAGAAUUGGCUCGCACCAACAUGGACAAGUCCAAGAAAGGUAGUGAAUUCCAGGCAUCCACAACUGUCAAGUUUAUUACCGGUGAUGGACGCCUUGGAUGGAAAGAAGGUGCACCGUACGAUGCCAUCCAUGUUGGCGCCGCGGCCGACCAGCUUCAUCCAACCCUGGUGGACCAACUGCGUGCUCCUGGGAGACUCUUCAUUCCAGUGGAAUCGGAAGAUGAGAGUACCGGUCUCAACGGGGGUCAGUAUAUCUGGGUGGUGGAUAAAGGAGAAGAUGGAUCCAUUCACAAGGAGAAGGUCUUCCAAGUUCGCUACGUGCCCUUGACGGAUGCUCCACGAGGAUGA